UAAUUAAUCGGAAACACGUUUAAGUGGAUGGGACUGCGGAAAUGGUGACGUCACAACGGACAUCUGCUCCCCACACUGUGCGGAGCAUAAAAAAGUGAUGGGGAAACACUGAGCCUUUUUUUUUCAAGAAGCAGAGAAAAUGAAUACAAAGGAGCACAUUUGCAGGUGCCACUGCCAAAAGGGAAUAUAAAGGAGAAUGUUGAUUUUUCGAGAUGCAGGAGUAAAAUGAGAGAUAAUGUAGCGUUUUUAGACGUGCAGGAAAUAACAGUAAUACAAAUGAUGAUUUUUACAAAUUCAGGAGGAAAAACCAAAUCAGUGUAAAUUUUGAAAGCUGUCGCCGGGGGAGAAGGGGGGUAUCAAGGAGUUUUUUAAAGGUGCCGUUGGAUCAGGAAAUGUCAAGGAGCAUCUUUUAAAAGGACUUUAACCGAGUGGUUGUCUUGUUUAUUUGCAAUUUGCGCGCCUGCUGUUCAGCAGAGUGCGGCAGACUGACCUCCUGCAGGGCAUGCACUUGCUACUUCCUUGAGCAGAGGGGCCGCUGGCGGGGGGCGCGCCACCUUGGCAAAAACAGGUUAUGAAGCCUCAGGAGGCGGAACUUGUCACAGAAAUCUCCAAGCUGCAGUGGAUGGUCUCGGAGCUGAAGACGGGCUUGACGGGCGCCCUGGUGGAAGUGGCCCACAUCCAGCAUGGGGACUCGGUCCUGCACAACGAGCUGGGGGACAACCAGCGCCGUUGUCGGGAGAAAGCGCGGCGUUUGGAAGCUCUGGUGGAGUCCCUCAGGGAGGAGCUUGUCGUGAUACGGUGUCAGGUGUUCGCGUUACGCAGCCACACACAGCGCCGUCAGCAGGACGCGGAGAGCACUGCGGCCGCACGAGGAGAAAUUGAUCCAGCGGAGGUGUGCCGCGGAAAAGUUUUGCUGCACUGCUUCCUGCAGGGCCUCAAGGCUGGACUCACCGACGGAACAGAUGCACGACACCAGGUGGCGCUGCAGCUGCUCCACUCUGAGUGGGAGUACGUGUCUAUUUUGAAGCAACUUUACGACCAAUACAAGACAACACCCACUCAACACACGACUCCUGAACCUCAUGAAAAGUUCGCCUCGUUGGUGGAGCGACUCCUGCAGCGCCACCUGCUGUUCAGGGACACCCUGCAGGAGCGUCUGGCCGCCCAGCGCUGGAAAUCCCUGGUGGGCGACGUUCUGGUGGGGCUCGUGGGACAGAACGACACAUCUUUCUCGGACGCGUACGUGGGCUACGUGGGCGCACUGGCCACGUUCCUCUUGCUGGAGGUCCACAAGUCGGACAAGCAUGAGAACAAGCAGGAAAGCGGCCACGCGGAAAAGGAAAAGGAGCAAAUUCAAGUGCUGUCGCUGCUCCUCGCACCCGUCACACGUGUCCAUGCCUACCUGAGUCACAUCCAGAACUUGCUACAGUGGACCGGCAAAGAGCAUCCGGACUGCAGCCUGCUGCUGGGCACCGAGCGAGCGCUCAGAGACAUUUUGUCGCGAUGUCACACCAUCCUGGAGGAGGAUGUCCACUGGGACGGCGAAGAAGCGCCGAAGCGGCGGGAUUGCGGCGACGUCGAGGCCGGCAGCUCAUGCCCAAACAGCGCCCCUCAUCGGACAAAGGUGGAGCAUGCCGCUCCGAGAGAGAGCCAGCAGGUGUCAGAUCUGACAAACAGGUCUGGCGUGGACCAGCAUGCCAUGCGUGUGGAGUGCUGGUCCUGCAGCCCAGUGAGGCGGCAGACCUGUCGGUGCGCACACGCCCAGUGUUGCCCUGUCAUUCCGGAGCCUCCGGACCAUCGGGUGGAAAACGAUGACUCAGGCUGGUGUUCCGCAACCCGACGCGGUGACCCGGGUCCCGAGGAGCCCCGGACGGACGUGGACGACACGUCAGCCUUCGAUGACUCCUCAGUGACCUCCUGCAGGGAAGGUGAGGAUGAGGAAGACGAGGAGGAAGAGGAUAGUCAUGUUCCGGUCCUCCUCAAGCCGUCCUCCCAACAAUAUUCGAAGAGGAGCGUCUGCCUCCGCUGGCAGAUUCCCAGGCGGACCCCCCAUCCCCCUAUCAGGACCCCCGCCGACCCAUCAACUCCUACCGGCUCCUGCGGAAAAAGGCUGGUCACCGUCAGAACGGGGUCGCCGCCACUCAGAGCCAAGAGUGCCUUCAGGCCCAUCUGGGACAACCCGACUAAGCAGGCACAUGUGUCUCCUGAGAAGGAGCACAGAGGCUUUGUGCCAGUCCAGACCUCCGUCGGGGCAAACUUUCUAACCUUGAGAGAACACCUGAGAGUCGGACAAGACCUGGUUCAGCCACCGACGUCGGGCCUCUCUGUGGCGCCGCCCAAUGGACGAGUGUGGGAGGACAGCGAGGAGAGUGAGGGACCCUGUAGCACCGUUUGACGUUGAGGCACUUGAAGGCUUCUCACACAUUUUGGGUCCAGGGAUCCCUUUUUAAUUGUAACACUAUUUAGAGGUACACCCCUAAAUUCCAUAGAAAUUAAAUUUCCCUUCUCCUCAAAACGAAAA